AUGGCACCAAAAUUAUUUCAGCCCUUCUCAUGCAUUUUCCUUCUUUUCCUACUUCUAAUUCCUCUCUUUUCUCAUGCACAUUCUUCCCACUCAAAGGCCAAUAACUCAUCACCAUUUGAAUUCCUCAAGCAUUUGCAAGGGUGUCACAAGGGUGACAAUGUUAAGGGCCUCCAUAAGCUAAAAAAAUACCUUGAAAAUUUUGGUUAUCUGAGCAAUCUCCAUUCUAAAAACCAAACUCAUUUCAACAAAGAUGACUUUGAUGAUCUCUUAGAGUCCGCCAUCAAAACUUACCAGCUCAAUUAUCAUCUGAAAGCCACCGGAAUAUUGGAUGCUCCAACGGUAUCCAAGAUGAUGAUGCCCCGGUGUGGGGUUCCAGACAUCAUCAACGGCAGGAAUUGGACGCAAGCUGCAGGCAAGAAGGGGCAUCAUCAUGGCCGUGGUCUCCACACUUUCCAUACAGUCUCUCAUUUUGCGUUCUUUCCGGAUCACCCUAAAUGGCCGGCAUCAAAGACACACUUUGCCUAUGGGUUCGCGCCAAACACUCGCAUGGACGCCAUUGGCAGCGUGAUGCGAGCUUUUGAUAAAUGGGCUUCUGCAACACACUUCACAUUUGCACCGACUCAGGACUAUGCAAAUGCUGACUUAACAAUUAGUUUUCACAGUGGUGAUCAAGGAGAUGAUCACGCAUUUGAUGGCGCUGGCAGAACCCUAGCUCAUGCUUGGGCGCCAACUGAUGGAAGGUUUCACUUUGAUGCAGACGAGACAUGGUCUGAUGGUGCAACUUCGGAUGCAUUUGACUUGGGGACAGUUGCUUUGCAUGAAAUUGGACACCUUCUAGGACUUGAUCAUAGCUCGGUUGAGAAUGCUAUCAUGUAUGCAGGCAUUGCUAGUGGCAUCACAAAAGGUUUGCAUGAGGAUGAUAUAAUGGGAAUCAAAGUUUUAUAUAAUGUUUGA